AUGGCCUACAGGGGAGGAUAUGGUGGCGGAGGUGGAGGUUCACAGCGUCCGUAUGCUGGUCCAGCGGCGCCCCGACCUGGUCCUAGAGGAGGAUAUAAUGAAGGACCUUCACAGCAGCAGUUUGGCGGCCGGCAACCACUUAACGAAUAUCAGGACGGAUAUGGAUACGACAGCCAGGGAGGAGGCUAUGCAGAUGAAGGCCCUCAACAAUACCAAGAUGAUUACGGACCCGGCCCGACAAGAGGAGGCCCAAUGCCUCCAUAUGCGAGGGGCGGUGGUCCUAUACCCCGUCCUGGAACUGCUGAUGGCAUCCGCGGAGGCUCUUAUCCCCAGGGUAGAGGCAUGGGACCGGGACCUGGCCGUGCGAUGCCGGCACGGGGUGGUCCAGCGGGAGGUAGACCUGCGCGACGACCGCCUCCAACUCAUCCAGACCCCGGGUAUGGUGGCUACGAGCAGGACCGACAGUUGGCUGGCCAAAUGUCCGGCAUGGAUUUAAAUGGCCAAAGGUCAAGAUCCGACGGAAGAUCCAGCUAUGAAACGACACGAAGUCAAGAUGAUUACGGGCGACCCCAAGGCUACGGAGGCCCCCGACAAGGUCCGCCUGCUGGACAGGCUGGGGCUGGCUUUGGAGGCUAUGAUGAUGGCUAUGGCACCGCGCCUCAGCAACCGGCGAGAAAUGAGUUCGGACCACCAAGUCGAAGCAUGACAAUGCCGGUCAACGAUUUCCCAGCUGCUCAAAACAUGCCACCUCCACGACGAGUAGGUACGGCCCCAUUUAACGGACCAGGAGGCCCUGGAGGCGUACCGGCAAGGCCCUCAACUGCUGGCGGUCAUCGCCCUCCUCCUCAAAGAAUUUAUCCGCAGGAUCGUCAGGUACCGGCUCGAGACCCUUACGGAGGCGGCUACCAAGAUGAGCGAGGAGGAUACAAUGGUGCGCCUGCAGCAUCCGGACAAGGUUCUCGCCCAGGUCCCUCGCCGUCGGUUGAUGAGGUGUUCGACUCAUAUUAUGCCACUCCCGGAAUGAGCGGCUCUGAUCAGCAUGAUCAGUACGGUGCACCUGUGAACCAAAGUCGCGGGUCCCUCGACCAGUCGAUGCGGCCAGCUGUAGAGCAGUCGCAGCCUGGAGCCCACGGCACGCCGAGAUUGCAUCACGCCAAAUCGGAGGCCAAUUUUCAUGAACCACAAGCUGCUGUCUUUGAGAUGGCUGGCGAUAUCCCCUCGAUGCCUCCCGUACCACAAGUGCAGCCUUACCGGCCAGAAUAUGGCCAGGGUUAUAGUGCGUCGCCAGUGGGCUACGAUCAACUGCCCCCGCGUGGCCCCAGUGCGCCGCCAGGACCGAUCCACGACAUGAGAGCCGGGGGCAACAUGGGCAUGUCUAGGCACGGGACUGCGUCGUCCAUACACACAACCUCAGACACUCUUCCUUCGCAUCCUACGCCUGUUCGACCGGGAUUAAUGGCUAACUCGAUGGUGAAUAUGAAUGACCGACCUCCCCCUGUGCGGAACUAUGGCGGUGUUCCACAACAGCAGCAACCUCAGCAGCAACCUCAGCAGCAACCUCAGCAAUAUGCCCAAUCUCUACCACCUCAACCACAACAGCAGCCGCAACAUCAACAGCCUCCUCCGGCUCGAGGCGGAUACCCGUCCAAUGUGGAAAUAGGACAAAUCCAGGAGCCGGUAACGCCGCAGGAGUUGGAGCGUCUACGGAUGGUUAUAAAGGUCAAUGCCAACGAUCAGGAAUCAGCUUUGCGCCUAGCAAAAAGACUGAUUGAAGCCGCCGACGUUUUGGCGCCAAAGCUACCUGACCCCAAGCAACGGGCAAAGGCUCGUGAGCGAUACCUAAUGGACUCGCACAAGGUGCUAAAGAAGCUUUCCAACGCACAGAAUUCAGAGGCCAUGUUUGUUCUGGCAGAUAGCCUCGGAAAGGGACUGUUUGGCAACGAGCCAGAUAACAAGGAGGCUUUCACCCUGUACCAGUCUGCUGCAAAGGUGGGACAUGCGGCUGCUGCGUACCGUACUGCAGUCUGUUGCGAGAUUGGACAUGAGGAUGGCGGCGGCACGCGUAAAGACCCUCUAAAGGCGAUGCAGUGGUACAAGCGCGCAGCAACACUUGGCGACCCUCCAGCCAUGUACAAGGUUGGUAUGAUUCUCCUCAAGGGGCUGCUGGGUCAACCCAAGAAUCCACGCGAAGCUGUGAGCUGGUUGAGACGCGCGGGAGAGAGGGCCGAUGCGGAGAAUCCCCAUGCUCUCCAUGAGCUUGGCCUACUCUACGAAUCUGCUUCCGGAAACGACGCCAUCAUCCGAGACGAAAGCUAUGCCCUGGAAUUGUUCCAAAAGGCUGCGGAUUUAGGCUACAAGUUCUCACAAUAUCGCUUGGGCUGUGCAUUCGAGUAUGGUGCAUUGGGCUGUCCCAUCGAUCCAAGACAGUCCAUCUACUGGUAUUCACAGGCUGCUCAGCAGGAAGAGCACCAGUCAGAGCUGUCCCUUAGCGGAUGGUACCUGACAGGGAGCCCAGGAGUUCUGGCCCAAAACGACACAGAGGCAUAUCUCUGGGCGAGAAAGGCGGCAGUGGCUGGUCUGGCAAAGGCAGAAUACGCAAUGGGAUACUUUACAGAAGUGGGAAUCGGUGUCGCUGCGAACUUGGAGGAUGCCAAACGGUGGUACUGGAGAGCUGCUGCCCAGGACUUCCCCAAGGCCAGAGAUCGCCUAGAAGACCUCAAACGUGCUGGCAAAGGCGGGCAAUUCAAACCCCAGCAGCGUAUUUCACGUAGUCGCAUCGAGCGAGAACGACAAGAAGGAGAGUGUGUGGUAAUGUGA